UCCCCCAACCAAAAAUCCGUUUUUUUUACUUCUCCCGUCCUCCCCCACAUCAAAAACACGAUUUUUUAACUCCUCCAACCAACCCAUGACCCACAAACUUCAUUAAGAUCCUUCCUCGCCGUCAUCCGGUUGGAUCUCCGCAGAGCUCCCCCGGGGAAUGCCGCUUUCCUUCGCCCUCCAAUCCUCUGAAUACUCCCAAAGUUUCGACCUUUCUUCCCUUCAUCCUCACUCCAACAAUGGCGACUCACUCCACCUCACCACAGGAGAUCCGUCACCGCGUAAACCAUUUCCUAACCAAGCUCUCCGACCGCGACACCGAAUCCCUCGCCGCCGCUGAACUCUCCGCCAUUGCUCGUAACCUCACCGCCGACUCCCUCCCCCCUUUCAUCUCCGCGCUCAGCGACGCUCGCCCGACAGACAAAACCCCUCUCCGCCGUCACUCUCUGCGCUUACUCUCGCUCCUCGCUCGCUCCCUCCCUUCUUCUUCUCUAUCACCUCACCUCCACCGUCUCCUCGCUGCCGCUCUCCGCCGCCUCCGUGACCCCGAUUCCUCCGUACGCGCCGCUCUAGUCGACACCGUUCGCUCCCUCGCCGCCGUAACACCACCCGCUGGCUUGGUUUCCACUCUCCUCCGCCCCCUUGCUGACGCUCUGUUCCAUGAACAGGACAUUCACCCACAAUCCGUCUCCGCGCUUUCCCUCUCUGCAGUUUUGGAAAAAUGUAACAGCGAGGAGACGGAGGAGCUGGCUGUCUUUUUAGAACGGCUUGUCCCGCGAUUGGUUAAGCUGGCUCGGAGUCCGGCAUUCAAGGCAAAGCCGGCUGUUUUGGAACUGGUCGGAAGUGUAAGUCUUGCUGCUUCUGGCAUCGGAGAUGCCGAGCUGAAGUUGCUAAUAACUUGUCUGUUGGAGUUUCUCGGAAGCCAGAGCUGGGCUGCUCGGAAUGCUGCUGCAAUGGCGCUUACUCGCCUCGCGGUUGCGAAAAAGGACCGGCUUUGUGAGUAUAAGCAAAGUUGUGUUGCGAGAUUUGAGGCCCGGCGAUUUGACAAGGUGAAGAUUGUGAGAGAUUCGAUGAACAGGAUGCUGGAUGUGUGGAGGGAGAUACCGGAGAAAGAGCUGGAUCUGUUGCCGCCAUCUGAAUCACAGUCCAAUUCUUAUGUCAAAGAGAUUGGCUGUGAUAGAAGAUACCAGCCUGCUUCAAUUCUCAGUUCUUCAUCUGUACAGUCUUCUUCCCCACUUACUUCCAGAAAAAUGAGAAUUCCCACCUGCAAAUCUCCACCGAACGCAGCAACACCAAUUGUUACGGCAAAGAAGAUUGAGUUUGAUCAGAAGAGAAAUUUAAGAAAGAUAAAUCAGAAGAGGAAUUCAGAUCCUCUUUACAAAGUUGAAAACGAGAACAUCCUCACAAAAACGGAGGAGGUUUUAAAUAGUUGCCAGCAAGAGAGAUCUGAGAACAAUGGCAGAUCUAGAUUGGAGGUUAAGAGGGCACUUUUUGAGAAGAACUGGGAUGAUAAGAAGAUCGGCGGCUUGAAAUCUGGGUCUAGGAUUGUGCCAUUUGAGGAGAUCGGAAGCUCGGAGCUGACGAAUGAAGCUGCUGUAACUAGUGAUAAGAUCCACGGGGAACAGAAGGAUGGUGAUUUGUCUAUGAUCCGGAUGCAUUUGGUUCAGAUUGAGAACCAGCAAUCCAGCCUACUGAACCUCCUCCAAAGAUUCAUCGGAAGCUCUCAGAAAGGCAUUCAUUCCCUGGAAGCAAGAGUUCUAAACUUAGAAAUGGCGCUAGAGAACAUGUCUCGAGAUCUUGCUUCGUCUUCAUCUGGGAGAGUGAUGAACACUGAUCCAGCUGCAAAGCUGUGUUGCAGGUUUCCAGGCACAGAGUUCCUAAGCUCCAAAUUUUGGAGGAGAGCAGAGAGGAGAUAUGCUUCCAGGUUCUUGACUUACAAGCAGGAGAGGCAGAAGUUUGGAUUUAGUGGGGGAUUUGUUAAUCCCCUCGCUGAAGGUUAAUAUCUGCAAAUCAUGGGGAACUGCCACAAUGAGCGAAAGGAUAUGGGUUGAUAUUUUGUGUUUUUAUUUUGUAAUAUUAUUUUGUUUACUAUUUAGGUUGAA